ACCAUCUCCUUCUCCUCUUCACCUUCAUACUUCAUUCUUCCCAGCAUGGCUAUUGAGAAUGGCACCAUGACAAGCUCCAAAGAAACCCAAGUAAAAGUCCUAAACAAGACCAAAGUCCUUCCCACCAAUCCCUUAAACAAACCUUCCAUCCUUCUCACCACCUUUGACUUACCCUACAUCACCUUCUACUACAACCAAAAGCUCUUGCUUUACAAGUGUUCAGAAGAUGACUUUGAAGGCAUUGUCACUAAACUAAAGGACAGUCUUGCUGUGGUUUUGGAAAGCUUCUAUCCUUUAGCUGGAAGGUUAGCCAAAGAUGAAGAUGGUGUUCUUGUUGUAGAGUGUCAUGGAGACUCAAUUAUUGGUGCUGAGGUUGUGGAAGCCAUGGCUGACACUAUCCUUGUUCAGGACCUUUCUGAAGGUGAUGCUGCUGCUUCUGCUUCUCUUUUGCAGGAUGUGGUCCCUUACACUGGUGUCAUGAAUCUUGAAGGUCAACAUCUCCCUCUUCUUGCUAUUCAGUUUACAAAACUGAAAGACGGAAUUGCCGUCGGAAUAGCAUUCAAUCACGCGGUGGUUGACGGCAAUUCGACAUGGCAAUUCAUGACCGCGUGGUCUGAACAAUGCCGUGUGUCAUCAAUUUCUCCAACCAUUUUUCCGUUCCAUGAUCGAUCGAAAGCAAGAUCGAUCAAGACGAAAAUUACUCUCCCGACAGCAGCCGAACACGAAAAAGCCGAUCCGAACACUCCGCAGAAACCUCUGACGGCGAAGAUCUUCUCCUUCUCAUCAUCAGCCAUUGAUCAAUUAAAAGCUUCAGCCAAUGCAAACAUGAUCACUUCGAAUUCUAUUUCGAUGUUCCAAUCCCUCGGAGCUCAUGUCUGGCGUGCAGUUUGCCGUGCUCGCCGGCUUAAAGCCGAAGAUAUUACUGUCUUUGCUGUCUUCACCGAUUGCCGGAAACGUCUGGAUCCUCCAAUGCCUGAUAACUACUUCGGAAAUGUAAUUCAAGCAAUCUUCACUGUCACAGCUUCCGGUCUACUUCUCGCCAACCCGCCGGAGUUCGGCGCUGAGCUGAUUCACAAAGUGGUUAACUCACAUGAUAACAAUGCAAUCACGGCAAGAUUGGCUGAGUAUGAAGAGAAGCCAAAGAUGUUUUACUUCUCAGACGCCGGAAUAAACACGGUGGCGGUGGGAAGCUCGCCGAGGUUCAAGGUUUAUGAUGUGGAUUUUGGGUUUGGGAGGCCGGAGAGAGUGAUGAGUGGUUCUAAUAAUAAGUUUGAUGGAAUGAUGUAUUUGUAUCCGGGGAGGGAUGGUGGCCGGAGCAUUGACGUUGAGCUUACUUUGGAUUUUGAAGCCAUGGAGAACUUGGAGAAGGAUGAGGAGUUCCUUCUUGUUAAUGCUCUUGCUUGAAGCAGUUGGUAUGU